GGGAGGAGUUUUCUUUCUGGUUUAGACUAAGAGUUCCUGAAGCUAGAGGGGAAGACUUAGAGUGUAGCGGUGUGGAGAAAGGAAAAAAAAAGGAGCUUCCUGCCCAGGCGCACUUGGGACUAGAGAAGUUGGAAGCUGAGCAGGUUGGGAAGGAGGAUUGGUGGCGGGAGAGGACGCGCGCGCUCCUCUACUCGCCCUCUAGCGCGGGCGGACGGGACGCGCGCGCUACAGAGCGGCGGUUGUGCUGGCCCCCAGAGCUGUGGGCACCAAUCAACGGUUGCCAUAGCAGCGUUUGACGUCAUCGUGCGUGUGGUGCCCCUGCUGCCGGGGCUGGUGAUUGGAGGAAACCCCGUGUCUGCGGAGUGUCUGUAGCCUGUGAGCAGUAAGAUCGAGGGACAGAGUCUCAGCCUCGCCGCCACUGCUGCCGCCGCCGCCCAGAGACUACUGAGCCCCGGUCGUUCCGCCGCCACCCACUCGGGACACAGAACAUCCAGUCAUGGAUAAAAAUGAGCUGGUGCAGAAGGCCAAGCUGGCCGAGCAGGCUGAGCGGUAUGAUGACAUGGCAGCCUGCAUGAAGUCUGUAACUGAGCAAGGAGCCGAAUUAUCCAAUGAGGAGAGGAAUCUUCUCUCGGUUGCUUAUAAAAAUGUUGUAGGAGCCCGUAGGUCAUCUUGGAGGGUCGUCUCGAGUAUUGAGCAAAAGACAGAAGGUGCUGAGAAAAAACAGCAGAUGGCUCGGGAAUACAGAGAGAAGAUUGAGACCGAGCUAAGAGAUAUCUGCAAUGAUGUCCUGUCUCUCUUGGAAAAGUUCCUGAUCCCCAAUGCUUCACAAGCAGAGAGCAAAGUCUUCUAUUUGAAAAUGAAAGGAGACUACUACCGUUACUUGGCUGAGGUUGCUGCUGGGGAUGACAAGAAAGGGAUUGUGGAUCAGUCACAACAAGCAUACCAAGAAGCUUUUGAAAUCAGCAAAAAGGAAAUGCAGCCAACACAUCCUAUCAGAUUGGGUCUGGCCCUUAACUUCUCUGUGUUCUAUUACGAGAUUCUGAACUCCCCGGAGAAAGCCUGCUCUCUUGCAAAGACAGCUUUUGAUGAAGCCAUUGCUGAACUUGAUACAUUAAGUGAAGAGUCAUACAAAGACAGCACGCUAAUAAUGCAAUUACUGAGAGACAACUUGACAUUGUGGACAUCGGAUACCCAAGGAGACGAAGCUGAAGCAGGAGAAGGAGGAGAAAAUUAACGGGCCUUCAAACUUUUGUCUGCCUCAUUUUCAAAUUUACACAGUAGACCAUUUGUCAUCCAUGCUGUCCCACAAAUAGUUUUUUGUUUACGAUUUAUGACAGGUUUAUGUUACUUCUAUUUGAAUUUCUAUAUUUCCCAUGUGGUUUUUAUGUUUAAUAUUAGGGGAGUAGAGCCAGUUAAUAUUUAGGGAGUUAUGUUUUCAUCUUGAGGUGGCCAAUAUGGGGAUGUGGAAUUUUUAUACAAGUUAUAAAUGUUUGGCGUAGUACUUUUGGUACAUUGUGGCUUCACAAGAGCCAGUGCUAAAAUUGCUUCCAUGUUAUCUAAGCAAAGAAAACUGCCUACAUAUUGGUUUGUCCUGGUGGGGAAUAAAAGGGAUCAUUGGUUCCAGUCACAGGUGUAGUUGUUGUGGGUACUUAAAAGUUUGGAGCACUUAGAGGGCUGUAGUAGAUAGAAAUGGCUGCCCCAUGGGUAAUGCACAUGAACCCUGUGUGUAUCUGUGGAAUACUCCAUCUCGAUGUGCACGCCUUUCACUGCAGCUGCAGAAGUGUUCCUUUAGUUGUGACCCAGCUUACUCUGGAUAAAGGCAGAAACGGUUCACAUUCCAUUAUUUGUAAAGUUACCUGCUGUUUGCUUUCAUUAUUUUUGCUACACUCAUUUUAUUUGUAUUUAAAUGUUUUAGGCAACCGAAGAACAAAUGUACAAGUAAAGAUGCAGUAAAAUUAAUUGCUUGGUAUUCAUUACUGUAUGUAUAUCAAGCAUAGCAGUAAAACAAACAAAAACCCAUGUAUUUAACUUUUUUUAGGUUUUCUUUUUUUGUUGUUUUGUUUUGUUUUUGUUUUGCUUUUUGGUUUUUGGGUUUUGUUUUUUGGGGGGUUUGGGUUUUUUUUUGUUUUUGUUUUUUGUUUUUUUUGUUUUUGUUUUUGUUUUUGUUUUUUUUGAUACUUGCCUAACAUGCAUGUGCUGUAAAAAUAGUUAACAGGGAAAUAACUUGAGAUGAUGGCUAGCUUUGUUAAUGUCUUAUGAAAUUUUCAUGAACAAUCUAAGCAUAAUUGUUAAGAACACGUGUAUUAAGUUCAUGUAAGUGGAAUAAAAGUUUUAUGAAUGGACUUUUCAACUACUUCUCUACAGCUUUUCAUGUAAAUUAGUCUUUUGGUUCUAAAACCAAUUCUAAAACCAAUUCUAAAGAAAAUUGUACAUUUUUGAAAAUUUAUUCCUUACUCCCUUUUGGCAGCUAAUGGGCUUUACCAAGUUUAAAUACAAAGUUUAUCAUAACAACAAAAUACUAUUACUAGAACUACUGUUCCCAACCACAUCCCAUGCUCCCUCCCCACCCCCACCCCCCGCAACCCCCUGAGGGGAAAGAUAGUUUUUGUGUGUUUUUUUUGUUUUGUUUUUAAGAUGUGGGGUUGAUUGGGGGGGUGAGGUAAUGUGUUUGUUCCAUUUAAAAUUUUAGUACAUGGCUUUUUCUAACUUCGGAAGCCACAAUGUUCUUGGCCCAUCGUGACAUUGGGUAGCGUUAACCGUAAGUUUUGUGCUUCCAAAUCACUUUUGUUUCUAAGAAUUUCCUGAUACUCUUAUAGCCUGCCUUUCUAUUUGUCGGGUGCACAGGAUUAUCUUUUUUAGCCUUUUGUCUUGUCAGCAACCACUCCUACUUGGUGGCCAUACACUUGGGGGAAGGCCGCAUGAUCUUUCUGGCUCCACUCAGUGUCUGAGGACACCCUGCUUCCUUUUGCUUGCAUCCCACACAGGUUCCCUCCCCCUGUUCACUGCAGCGGGUCUCCUUAUUUCAUGAGGUUGUGUUACCUCCUUGUAAAACUCCACCAUCCUGAAAGGUCUGUCAUUGGCUGCUUUAAAAUCCUCCUCCUUCCUCUCUUCAUUCAAUAAUGGGGCUAGGUUAUACCCAAAGCUCACCCUACAACCUGUUUCCUCAGUACCUUGCAAAAACACCAAACAAAAAUACCAUUUUAAAAGAGGUGUAUUUUUUCUUUUAGAAUGUAAGCUCCUCUAGAGCAGGGACAAUGUUUUCUUGUAUGUUCUAUUGUGCCUAGUACACUGUAAAUGCUCAAUAAAUAUUGAUGAUGGGAGGCAGUGAGUCUUGAUAAUAAGGGUGAGAAACCAAAAUCACAAAUACUAUUUUGUUGCUUGUUUUAUUAUGACCUCAGAUUAAUUGGGAAAUAUCAGCUUUUUAGGACAAUUGUCUCAAAUAUUACAUUCAAAUAAAAGUGCAAUGGAGGCCGUGGGGUCUUCCUUUUCAAGGAGAAAAUAACUCACGCAUUUGGGACAACAUCACAAUGCAUCUUCACUCACAGCUCUUUUUUUUUUUUAAUUGAUUUCUUCUGACCCCCAAGGCCAAGGGCAUGAAAUAAUCCAUAGUUUAGGAGAAGUAAGCUAGACUGAGGAGAUUGAUCUCGUUCAAGUAAAUUAUAAGUAAAAUCUGAACCUUGUCACAUUUGCCUAUUUUAUGUGUGUCAGUCAUCGACUAAACUAGUUUGAUUCUGAAAUAAAUUGUGAUAAUACUUCACUAAUAAUAGGUGUUCAUAUGUUUCUACGUAGUAGUUCCCAAUAGAUGAUUCCGAUCUGGGAAUUUUUUUUGCCUUGGAUUUGAAAAAUAAAAUUUUUGUAACUUAUUUCUUUAAUUGUCCCAAA